AUUGAUACAUUGCUGCAUUGCACUUGUGCUAGCUAGGUUUUAGUUUUAUAAGAUGAUGCAAUUUGUAUUUGGUAUUUAAUGAAGUUUAAAAUAAAAUGAAAUUAAAAUAGAAUAUAUAUAAAUUCUUAAAAGAUGAUUAAUGGACAAAGAAACUGUAUCUGAAUGGCACAAUAUUCAUGAUGUUUUUUUAGAAGUAAUUUCUUAAAGAAACUCUAAAUUAUGUCAUGUCUUCUAUUCCUAGUGAACAUCAUUGUGAUUCGUCUAUAUUGUAACUGUAACUGGAAAAAAAAUUGCAAAGACUAUAUGUUAGUAUGAAAAGAAAUGAAUCAUAGAACUUCUUUCAGUCACAGAAUGUAAAUGUAAUAAAAAAGCAGAUCAAGUUCCAAACCAUAUACAUCAAUAAUGGAAAAAAUAUUACCAUUAUACGUUUGUGUUUUUUUUUUAAUUAAUAAUGCUUAAAUGAUUCACGUGCCUAAUUCUUGGCGCUUUAGAUGAUUAGAAAGAAUGAUUAUAACAAUUGUCACUUAAUUCUUUCUCUACUUCAUCUGACCUUUAUUUCUCUAAUUGUGCUGGGCACAUUAGCAGUUAGUGUAAUAUAUUUGCAACCUCAAUUCAUUUCCAUACUCUUUUGUGUUCAAGAUUCACCAUUAGGGAAGCAAAGCAUAAUUAGAUUGAGAGUGCAUAGUGAUUCUGGUUCUUUCAUUCCUGCGAGUUAAAAGACUGAGAAUGGUGAGAGAAGUUUCAGAGAGUUGUUUGGAUAGCCUGUUGACAGAGGUGGUUUCGUGCUAUUGCAACCGAUUCUACCCUAAUAAGCAUGAUCUUGCUGCUCGCAGAAUCGAGGCUAUUGGAUACCAGGUUGGUCACCAGCUCUCUGAAAGGUACACCAUGGAGCGGCCACGAUUCAAUGACCAUCUGGAAGCCAUCAAGUUCAUUUGCAAGGAUUUUUGGCUUGAGCUCUUUAAGAAGCAUGUAGACAACUUGAGGACAAACCAUAGGGGUACCUUUGUAUUGCAAGAUAAUAAAUUUUGCUGGCUUGCGCGAAUGUCAAUUGAUCCAUUAGCUGAUAGUGGUAAGUCACCCGAAGAUAUUACAUCUCCUACAGCUGGGAACAAGGCAACACAUGCAAUGAAAAUGCAUCUUUAUUUCCCAUGUGGCAUCCUUAGGGGAUUUCUUACAAACCUGGGAAUUCUUUGUGCCGUUUCUGCAGAUAUAUUAACCCUUCCAACAUGAAGGGGUCUUGAGGAAGUGUGUUCUUAAACGAGGACUUUUCGUUAGGAUGAAGAUUCUAUGGAGAUUGCAUGUAUUUUGGGAGACAUUUUCUUCAAACUGAGUUCAAUAAAGUGGAUUUUGUUCGAAUGAUAAUUCGUUAAAGCUACUCUUGUGUAAUUGCUAAUUUAUACUUAAUCAAAUAUAGGUUUAAUAAAUCUACAAGUU